GUGAAUCGCACGCUGUUUCUCGCGUGCUAGGAUAGAUGUGGACUCGGGUAUCCAGGCUAUUCUGCAGAGCAUUCAUUGGUCAAACGGCGUUCGACGCAAUUGCAGUGUACUCCCGAUGGCGGGGUGGCAGAAUUAAUAUAUUUUUCGGUUCUUGCGCCCUGCGGCAAAAGAGGCAUCUUUUCGAUCGAGCCUCGAUUGGUGUACCCUGAAUAUUCACGGAUCGUGAGCUUCUAUACCCACGUCUACUUUGUUCCCGAUCUCAAUAACUUGAUCCACCUUUUUGCUACGACAUAGCAUAAUGUCAGGCCUCCAAGCUAUCCGAUAUACGCGGGGUUCCCUCGAAGUCCUCGAUCAACUUCGCCUACCCCACGAACACCACUACGACAACAUCACAACAUCUGAAGAAGCGUUCGACUGCAUCAAGUCCAUGCGGGUGCGCGGUGCUCCGGCAAUUGCUAUCGUAGCCGCCCUGGCGCAUGCUGUGGAACUCCACAAUGGCGCUUGUAAGGCAUCAACGACCGAAAAGACGAUCGCAUAUAUCGAGUCGCGGCUCGACUACCUAUUCGAAUCGCGACCGACCGCUGUCGACUUGGGGAAUGCCAUAUCACAUUUGAAGACCACAGUACGGAGAGUUGUUGUUAGUGGGUUGGACGGCCAGGCGGCGCAAGAGAAGGUAAUAGAGGCAUACAUCGAAGCUGCUGAAGAAAUAUUCCGGAAGGACACGGAGACAAACCUCUCAAUUGGCGAACAUGGAGCGAAAUGGGUGGUCGAGAACGCGACUGUUCAGUCAGCUGAGGGCAAAGUCGCAGUUCUGACGCACUGCAACACGGGAUCCCUCGCGACGUCAGGCCACGGCACCGCACUCGGCAUCAUUCGGUCGCUUCACUCUGCGGGAUCACUCUCGCACGCUUUCUGUACCGAGACAAGGCCUUACAACCAGGGAAGCCGCCUGACAGCUUUCGAGCUGGUGUACGAGAAUAUUCCGUCGACGCUGAUUACUGAUUCCAUGGCCGGUGCUCUGUUUGCGACGCGGAAACAGAAAGAUCAUAUCGCUGCAGUCAUUGUGGGCGCAGACCGAGUGGUGCGCAACGGCGACACGGCAAACAAGGUUGGAACCUAUGCUCUUGCGGUCCUGGCCAAGUACCAUGGAAUCAAAUUUGUUGUCGCGGCGCCGACGACAUCGAUAGAUCUCAAGACGGAGACGGGCUUCGGCAUCAAGAUCGAGGAGCGGAAGCGUGAGGAGUUGACACAGAUCAGUGGCGCUGUGGUGGGUGCCAAUGGGAGUGUAGACGUGAGUAAGACGGCGCGGGUCGCGAUUGCGGACCAGAGAGUCGGCGUGUGGAAUCCGGCCUUUGAUGUUACACCUGCGGAGCUAAUUGAUGCUGUUGUUACGGAAAGGGGCGUUGUAGAGAAGGGGCCAGACGGCAGAUUCGAUUUCAGCGGUGUGAUGCCGGAAAGAUGGGCACAGGUUGCCGGGACCGCGUAAACUGCUGAAUUACAAACGGUUUCCAAUCAGCGAAUUCGGGCAUACACGUGAAUGGGGCCCAUGCCCAGCACAUAUUACGAAAGAUUCGGGUCUGUCGUUGUUCUAGCACUGCGAUAACAGAAGUGGUGAACGUUCGGUGUAUCGCUAAUAAGUCCGGUUCGUAAUUCACGGUGUCAGCCCAUGCGCUUAAUCGGUAGGAGCGCAAAUG